AUGUUUGACAAAGAUUGUUUUGUUUCAUUUGCCGCUGUAACAUGUGUCAAGUUUUUGUUCAUUCCGUUGUAUAAAUCAACUGAUUUUGAAGUUCAUCGAAAUUGGAUGGCGAUAACUUAUCAGAAGCACUUAAAAGACUGGUAUAUUGAUGAAACAUCUGAAUGGACACUUGACUAUCCUCCAUUGUUUGCAUGGUUUGAGUUUUUACUCGCUCACCUUGCAAAAUAUUUUGACUCCCAAAUGCUUAGGGUAGAAAACUUAAAUUAUACCAGCUACCAGACUAUCUUUUUCAUGAGAGCAUCUGUUAUACUAUCUGAUUUAGUAUAUUUUUAUGGAGUUAGCAGGAUUUUCAAGUUAAUGAAGGCAUCUAGGAAGAAUCUGAAAUCAACUGUUGAUGACCCAUGGAUUAAGAAAGAAGUUAUAUUGGGAAUGCUAUUUCUUUGGAAUCCUGGCCUUCUUCUUGUUGAUCAUAUUCAUUUCCAGUACAAUGGUUUUUUAAGUGGGAUUCUACUGAUAUCAAUUGCAGACAUUUUUGAAGAAAGAUAUGUCAGAGCUUCUUUCUGGUUUGCUGUUUUGAUAAAUCUGAAGCAUAUAUAUUUAUAUCUUGCUCCUGCUUACUUUCUGUUUCAGUUGAAAAAUUAUUGUUGCAAAAAGGAUACAAAUGAAGUCAAUUUUUAUAAGUGUCUAUGUAUGAAAAUCACAAAACUAGGAAGUGUUGUGAUUGUUACUACCUUGUUUUCAUUUGGACCUUUUAUUUAUUUGGGUCAAACAAAACAGGUGCUUCUAAGGUUGUUUCCUGUGAAGCGUGGGUUAACACAUUCCUACUGGGCACCUAACGUUUGGGCUUUAUACAAUUUUGCUGAUCGCUUACUGAGUUUCAUUGUUUACAAAUUAGGCUUUUAUAAGCAGGAAAAUCUUCAAGCUUGUUCUACUCAAGGUUUGGUGCAGGAGUGUGAACCCUUUAUUUUCUUUUCUAUUUCUCCUACUGUUACUAUUUUGUUAGCACUACUGUCAUUUGUGCCUGUAGGUUGGAUUAUAUGGAAAAAAUCUGCUAGUCCUCAAGUGUUUAUCAAUAGCAUUAUACUCUGUUCAUUUGGCAGCUUUUUAUUUGGAUAUCAUGUACAUGAGAAAGCUAUUUUAUUAAUAAUUUUACCCUUGACAAUUCCUGCUGUUAUUAUUGAGGAUGAAGCUAAGAUGUAUGCAUUUUUAUCAGUUGUUGGACAUUUUUCUCUUCUUCCUUUGCUACAUAAAGAAGGAGAAACAGUUUUAAAGAUUGCGUUGGUUUUACUUCAUGCAGUAUAUACAUUUUCUAGUCUCAGUCAGUUACAUCAAAUGAAGACUCCUGCUGCUUCGACAUUGGAAAAGAUGUACUUUGGAGGCUUAGCUUUGUUACAAGUAUUUUACAGUUUUGGAGCAAAAAUGUUGCAACUAGAACAGAAGUUACCAUUUCUUCCACUGAUGCUUAUAUCUACUUACUGUGCUCUUGGUGUAGUGUAUUCAUGGCUAAAAUAUUGCUGUUAUACUUUAGAGAUAAAAACAAAUUUUCAAGAAAAAAUUAAACUAAAAAAAUAUUAACUAUUUUCAGUUGAUUUAGUUUUUCAAGAAAUCAUUCAUCAGUAGAAUUUUUUGUGUGUUUCAUAACUAAUAAAAUUUGCUCAUCUAGCAAUCAGGAAUUGCAUAUUUUCCCAAAAGAAAUACUGCUAAUGUCUUUUUGCUUUCAGUUUGUACAUGUAAAGUUUAUUUAUUUAUUUUUUUGUAAAAAUGAAUAUAAAUAGUUGGAAUAUGAAAUGUUUUACUUCACUUCUUUCUAUUGGUAAAGUUGCAUUGUCAUUUCCAAUCUGUAUUUUAUUGAAUGAAAAAUAAAAAUUUUUACA